AGCUUCGCUGCAUGCCGGGGCAGUUUGCGUGUCAGAGUGGGACCAUCCAGUGCAUCCCUUCGAACUGGCAGUGUGAUGGGUGGCCCACCUGCGAGGACGAGAGUGAUGAAGUUGACUGCCCAGGCUUGACAGGGGACCAGCGAACUUACCAUGGGAAGGAGAAUGUGGACUCCAGGCACAAUCGAGGGAGAGGAGGAGAGACAACCCGCUUUCACACUGUCAACGUGGCACAGCCUGUCCGAUUUAGCAGAAAGUGCCCAACAGGAUGGCACCACUACGAGGGCACAGCCAGCUGCUAUAGAGUGUAUUUAAAUGGGGAGAACUACUGGGACGCCGUGCAGACAUGUCAGCGGGUGAACGGAUCCCUCGCCACCUUCACUGCCGACCAGGAGCUAAGGUUUAUCCUGGCACAGGAGUGGGACUUGGAAGAAAAAACAUUUGUAAGGAAGGACCAGCGUCGGUUUUGGGUUGGAUAUCAAUAUGUGAUCACCAAUCGAAAUCACUCUCUAGAAGGUCACUGGGAAGUAGCUUAUAAAGGCUCUUCAGAAGUGUUUUUACCCCCUGACCCUAUCUUUGGUACGGCUAUGUCUGAAAAUGAAAACGUUCUUUGUGCCCAGCUUCAGUGUUUCCGUUUUCCUACCCUUCGGCACCAUGGUUUACACAGCUGGUAUGCUGAAAACUGCUAUGAGAAAUCUUCAUUCCUCUGCAAAAGGAGCCAGACUUGCGUUGAUAUCAAAGACAACAUUGUCGAUGAAGGCUACUAUUUCACUCCAAAAGGGAAUGAUCCCUGUUUGAGCUGCACGUGUCACAACGGUGAGCCCGAGAUGUGCGUGGCUGCUUUGUGUGAACGGCCCCAGGGGUGUCAGCAGUAUCGCAAAGACCCCAAGGAGUGCUGCAAAUUUACGUGCUUAGACCCAGAUGGCAACAGUUUGUUUGACUCAAUGGCUGGCGGAAUGCGUCUGAUCGUCAGCUGCAUUUCCUCCUUCCUCAUCCUCUCUCUGCUGCUUUUCAUGGUACACCGGCUACGCCAGAGGCGGAGAGAGCGCAUAGAAUCUUUGAUUGGAGCAAAUUUGCACCACUUUAACUUGGGCCGCAGGAUGCCUGGCUUUGAUUAUGGUCCUGAUGGUUUUGGAACUGGCCUUACUCCGCUGCAUCUUUCAGAUGAUGGGGAAGGUGGGGCAUUUCAUUUCCAUGAUCCACCUCCGCCCUAUACUGCUUACAAGUAUCCAGAUAUUCAACAUCCAGAUGACCCACCUCCUCCGUAUGAGGCUUCUGUCAAUCCAGACAGCAUCCUUUGUUCCACUCCAGAUGGAGUCCUUUCUCAGACUGUGCAAAGCAGUCCUCCAUCACUGGGAAACUGUGAUGUAUCCCCACAGCUUACAGAGGGAUCGCUUCCUCCCUCAGUUGGUCCUUCUCCAGUGGAGCUGGAAGACUCUGCUGACAGCAGCACCUUUCUUGUCCCUCCUGACACACCGCUAAACGAAAACACACCGGCAGAAACUCUUACGGGCAGCCGUCACAGCCACUGUUCUCUCAAUACCAUUGUAUAA